AGCUGUAGGGCUUGUCCAAGAUCUCUUUUGCGAUGGCAGAGAUCAUGGCCCACGUCCCAAGAUAUGUCAGUAAGAGUGCUGUAAGCAUCUGUGUCGCCUUGCUGUUCUGCACCCAAUCUGCCGAAAAAUGCUUCAUUCCUUCCUUGUUUCGGAGGAAAUUAUGGCUCCCUGACACCCUAUAAUAGAUGCAUCUUUCCACCAUUCUACACAUUCCAUUUUCUUGCGCAUUCACGAAAUCCAACCACAUCAACAACUGGAAGUGAAGGGUCUCACUUCCAAUCUCAGCAUUAAGGACGAGCGACUGCUUAACUUCACUAAUAUCAGCUUAAUCAGUUCAGAUAUCGAAGUACGGUAGCGAAGAUGGCUCAGCAGAGGAUUGGAUCCUUCCUAGUCAUGGCAAUGAUUCUCUGCACUCAAGCGAGUGCCCAAACCUUCGGUCCAGUAGCAGCACCUUCCCCAGGUGUCACUGCACCAGUCUCAGCACCUUCUGCAGUCCCGACCGUUGCCCCCACGGUCGUGCCCACUCCCAUCGCCGCCCCAGUAUCAGCCCCGAUGGUGCCACCGCCAACUGUUGCCCCCGUUACUGCACCUGCAGUGGCACCCGUGGUCGCCCCCGUCGUCGCACCAGUUGCUUCCACCCCUGCAGUAGCACCUGUAGUAGCACCUGUGGUUGCACCAACUGUUGCCCCCACCCCCGCCUCAGUGCUACCACCCGCCUCUACAUUCGCUCCAGGACCUGGACCAGUGGAGGCCCCAAAUAGCGCUGGAGUGACGGUUGGUUCCGCUGGCUGGAGAACACUGGCUAUGGCUUCGGGUGUCGCUUUGGUCGCUGCUGCGUUAUAAACUCGCAUGAUGGUGUAGCAGAAUGGGUAGUCUGAACGUAGUUUAGCGACUCCCACGUAAUAAGUCCUAGCUUUAGACCGUUCAAUUCAUGGAGCUAGAUAGGCUCUCGACAUUUUGAUUGCGGGUGCGCGUUUCGAGAUUCUCAACUCGUUCUGCAUCUUACCAGAAGAAGAGAUAGAGGCUUCGAACCUUCUGGCAGAGAAAGCGCUCGAGCAAAACAAAAGUUUUGAUAUGUACUCAUGAUCAAUCAUGGAUUGUUCAUAGCUUACCCCUGGUCCAUUCCUUCCUGCAGGCCGGGCGAGAUUUCAAUAACAAAACGAAUAUGAAUUUUGAAUUCUCCUUUUGC